AAAAGACGAGAUAUCCCUGAGGACAAAAGUGACUUUAGAUCCCAACUAAAACCGUGUGAUCGUGGCGUGAGGGUCCCGCACAUGCCCUUUGCCUCGGGCCCCGCGGGGGCUAAGAACGGGCCUGGGUAUGUCUAAGGAGUGGGGCCAGGCAACUGGUAGCUGACAGUGUUUUCUUUUGAAUGCAGUCUAUAUCUUUCAGUUCAUCUUGUCAUACUUUGUGAAAAUGCUGCCUAAAUACUUAAACUACGAUGUUUGUUUGCGGGCAUGUCAUUAAUGUUGAUCUCCAAAGGGCCUGAUGUUUUACUGACUGUCAUGAGUUCAAUCUUGUCCAUGCUGGUUCCCAUGUCAUACAACUUGUACGCUAUAUUUACAUUGGUUAUAUCUCCUACAGUUUUACCAGUCCCCUGCUGGGAAAACUCGAUCCCACCUUUGCCCUCAUGUAACUAAUUGCUCCAAUCAACUUAAACAUCAUCAAACACUCUACACUGUGCUUAUUUCAAACAACUUGCAUUAUCAAAGCAAAAGACAGGUUCCUCGAUGAGAUCAUACCUGUCCGGAGAAGACAUUUCAAUGCCUGACGAUGAAUUGCGCGAGUAAUCAUUUCCCUUGGAUGUAUAGCACGCGCACAGGCAUUCUUCUGUCAUUCCUUUUUAAGUCACUCUCCGAGUCACCGAGCAGACAAGCAAGAGAACACGAGAGAUAAUCAAGUAAUGUUUAUUUUUCUCUUAACGUAAUUACAGAAAGAACCGUAUGUUUCUGUAAGGCCCGUCGACCGUGUAUAAGCACUUUAAUACAGCGGCACGCGUCGAUCAGUAUCGACAAUUGAUCUGAUACAUAAAUUCUGAAGCUUAAAUAUUACUGUAAGAAUAAAUAAAAUGUGUAAUUGAUAAUACUUGUGAUUACUGUGACGGAACAUGAGGAUGAGUUUAUGAGAAUUUAAGAAAAUUAAAUUUUUAAUAAGUUAUGUAUAUGUACUAAAUUACGAUCAAUUGUUUAGAUAAAAACAGCUUUAUUACAUCGAAAUGUACUCUAUGCGCUUACUAUUGUUUUGAAUGCUGAUUAAAAAUUAUUUGGCUAAGUACUUUUGAAUCAGCGGUUUAUCAUGUUUGAAAAAAAGAUUCAGUAUACAUGUACAUUUACUUGAGUUCUUGCCCACCCCGCAAAGGUUUUGCUGUCCUUCGCAACGCUUUCCGUACCGAACGUCACUCGUUAGUUUCCGCUCAUCUACGGAAAGAAAUCCAAACUAAAUUAUUUUGAUCAUGAAUACACUAAUCCAUUUAUUGAGCCAUAAAAAUUCUAAACUUUCUUCGUUCGAGUGUAUAUUGGUUAGUAUAAAAUUUAUCUUACAAAGGUUACUUAUCAUACUGAUUUUUAAAGCGAGACUUCUGCGGGGCCGCUAGUUCAAUAUGGCGAUUCCAUGACGACGGGGCCUCGACAAGGGUCUUUUGUUCCGGCGUAAAUGGGGUCUGCGAUAACCGCCCGACCUCCCGAUAGAGCGUUGUGUGUGUUUUCACAAUGAAAUGGGGAGAGGCAUGUUGCAUGCGGAUCAGGACCUUACAUUUGCUAAAGAGAUCAGUGAGUCAAGUAAACGGACUGCACUUGGGAAAUCGGUGCACUUGGAUACGAAGCGCGUCACCAGUCUCCGUCCUAACACUAAGAGCAAUAAACUGACCCUAGAGCCGAUCACUGCCGCGGUCUCAACAAAUAGCAAAAUUAUUGACGAGAAAAGCCAUCCAAGUUCGUCCCUGAAAGAUGUCUUCGAACUAGAAAGGCCAGCGUCUCGCCGGAUUCUUCCAAGUCUGACACUAGACAAUGGACACGAUGAUGCGUUGAUGGACGACGUGUCAGGAAAUGGUACCAAACAUUUAGCAGUUACAAGCAAGGAUGAGUCGAAUUUCAAGAAGAAUAAUAGUAAAGUAGAAAGAAAAAAAAACCCGAAAGCAUUCACUAGCGCAAUGAGUAAACAUACAUACAUGCCUCCACGUACUGUUCAUCUUGAUGAAAACGUGUUCACAUUCCGCCCGAAAGUCAGCUCAGCAAGUAACAAAAUAGCCGAAAGCCUGGGGACAGACUUCAUGUCACGGCAACAAAUGCACAUUGAAAAACAGAGGAAACUUUUAGAACAGUCAUCUCAGUAUACACGGUUUUCUCUGUCACUUCCCCAAUCACAGAGGCAACAAGAAGCAAAAGAGUCAGAGAACAAAAACAGCAGUGCCCAGAAAAGGAACUUUGAUGCUGAUAAUGGUGAGAAGAAGGAUCAUUUAAGUGCUAGGAAAGAAAGAAGUAAUAAAGAGGCAGCAGAUCAAGAAGACAUUGCGCUGCCUUCUCAGCCACUGUUAAUGGAUGCAGCUUCCUUGAACACACCAUCAACAGAAUCACAGCCUCUGCAUGGUGUUAGUGCAGGAGAUGAGGCAGUGACAAAAAAGAAGAAGCAGACAGCAUGGUUUCCUGGCUCUGAGUCGCUUCCAAAACGAAAGCUUACUCCUGAAUGUGCAACUGAUAAAGAAAAUGAACUAUCCAGAUCCCUCACACGCAGUAAAACCAUACCUAUGCUUAACCAGCCAAGAUUGAAAAGUCAUCCACUGAGCGAUGGGGAACGGCUUCGUGCAGCCAAAGAAAUGGUUGAUAAAGCUAUAAAGUGUCAUAAAGUGUUUACCAUUCAAGGAGGAUACUCUAGCAUUCGUCACAGCCUUCGAGAACGAGGAUGGGUUGAGAAGUUCUACAAGAUUCCUUCAUUAUCUCAGAAGACUUCCAAACCCACACACCAAACCAGUUCUGAUGAUGAUGAUGACGACGACGACAAUGAGAAUGAUGGCAAUGAUGAUGGUGAUGAUGAUACUGAUGAUGAUGAUGACGAUGAUGAUGAUGACAAUGACCAGCCCCAAAUACCACCGUGGGAAGAAGAAGAUGGUUUCUAUGGGAUCAUGAACAGAGCAGAUUUAAUUCGUAUGUCUCGAAUGCUCAAGAACGUCAGUCCAUCAUUAUUUUGGGUGCUCAAACGUGAUGCCAUUGACCACCGCUAUUUGAACAAAGACCAGUUGGUCAAUCACUACAGCAAGGCUGGUUCUUUCACAACAAAGGUUGGGCUGUGCACAAACAUAAGGAAUGUGCCGUGGUUUGAACCAGUGGAUCCCGACCAGUUUUUCCUUCGCUGCUAUCGUCUUAGUCAUGAUGAAGAAAAACAAUCAUUUAUCGAUGACUUCCGUCAUACUGCGUGCAUGAACAUCCUUAAAAUCGUGAACAAGGAAACAAAGAAUGGAUACUUAAAUGAAGUGGAGAGAGAGGAUAAGAACGAAGAUGGUACCACAUCGGGAGCCAACACCUCAGCUAACAAAGAUCCAUGCAGUAAGGAAUCAGUUUGUCAGAACACAGAGCAUGCUUGUUCGCAAGCAACCUCUAGUGCUGACAAUAGUUAUGCAUGUGUACAGAACAGUGAUGCAACUUUAGAGGACACCACACCAGUUGAUGGCAAUGGGGAACAAAAGACAGCCAACACUGAGAGUACCACCCAGUUCUCUGACCCAGCAGUACUUGGCACUUCAAGGUUAUUCAGACAAAAUAGAAACCGAAUAAAGAAAAGAAACCCUGUCCCAUCCAGAAUUUUGGAGCUGGCCAUCCAGGAGUGUGAGAGAUUCUUAGGAGAGCGAGAGCAUGAAGACAUUGACAGACCUGUUCAGGAUGAGUUGUCAGAGUCCCAGUGGGAGGACUUUAUAAAGUGGUAUUAUGUGAUGGCUCAUGAAGAUGGAAUGAUUCCAGCGAUAUCCCAGAGGACGCUGACAUGUGUCGAAAGUCUUAUCAACCGGCUCCGGACAAAAUGCCCACAGUUUGAAAUGGAUGGCACACACAAUGUUUGGAUUGUUAAACCAGGGGCAAAGUCCCGUGGGAGAGGUAUCUUUUGCUAUAACCGCUUAGAGGAGAUGCUCAAACUGGUCAAUUCGCAGGUAGUGAAGAAAGAUGGGAAGUAUGUUGUCCAGAAGUACAUGGAACGUCCUUUGUUGAUCUACAACACUAAGUUUGACAUCCGGCAGUGGUUCUUGGUGACUGACUGGAGUCCAUUGACAGUUUGGUUUUACCAAGAAUCCUACCUGCGGUUCUGCUCACGGCAGUUCACUCUGGAAAACUUUGACCAGUCCAUCCACCUCUCCAACAAUGCCAUCCAAAAGUAUUGCCGUAAUGGUCCCCGCUCCAAGUUGUUGCCUGAUGAAAACAUGUGGACACAUGAGCAAUUCAAGGACUACUUAAGCAAAAAGAAAAUGCCACAUGCCUGGGAUGAAAUCAUAUACCCAGGGAUGAAACAGGCCAUCAUCUGCUCUCUUCUCUGUGCUCAGGACUUGGUGGAGUGCCGCAAGUCCUCAUUUGAGCUAUAUGGAGCAGACUUCAUGCUGACAGAAGAUUUUCAGCCAUGGCUUAUCGAGAUCAACUCUAGCCCUUCCAUGGAAGCAUCAACUUCAGUCACAGCUAAAUUGUGCCAUAAGGUCCUGGAUGACACCAUCAAGGUGGUUAUCGACCGUCGGUCUGACAAAAACUGCGAUGUUGGUAGCUUUGAGCUUGCCUAUAAGCAGCCCUUGGUGACUGUUCCCCCGUACAUUGGCAUGUCAAUGUGUGUGGAGGGUCAAGGAAUACGGAAGCAGGGGGGUGUUACAAUUCGUAAAAAUAUAGAAAACUAUCCAACAGAACCUUUGUUUACCUCGAAGAGCUUCCGUCCACUCAACAUAGAGAAAGGAGAAGAAUGUUUGACCAAAAAAGGUUCAUCUACGCCACUUGGAUGUAGUUCUACUGGGAAUAGAAUUGGAACAGCCACAAGGAAAGACACAUCUGACAAUCCAGGUCCCACACACCAUCUAGCUAGAUCUGUAGCCUUUGAGAAUGCUAGCAAGAACAGAUCAGACAACGUGAACUGGCCAGUUCGUGGUGAAGGAAAAUCUUUCAAAACAGGACGAACUUACAACUCUGACAAUCCAAAUCCCACACACCAUCUAGCUAGAUCUGUAGUCUUUGAGAAUGCUAGCAAGAACAGAUCAGACAUCGUGAACUUGCCGGUUCGGGGUGAUGGAAAAUCUUUCAAAACAGGACGAACUUACAACUCUGGUGACAUUGGUCAAUCUGAUCACAUGGAGACUGCCAGGAUGUCCCCUGAAAAAAGAACACUAAGCGCUGAGAUAACGUCUGUGUCCAAACCUGCCUGCGUAUCCAGCCCGCUGUUUAAUGAUUUGGGCAACAAGCGUUUUGUGUCACGGACAUCUGUGUCCUCCAACUAUCCCACCCCUGGAUCUCAAAAUACCACCAGCACAGUGCGGUCAUCAUUGGCUGUAAACAAUGUGGAGAACACAGUCCUGAGGAUGUUCAAACCUAGCAAAGGUCGUGUGAGUAUAAACUGCACUUGGUCACGCACAUGCACCGAGUGUGGUAGUGGCAUGAACCUGAGGCUAGAGAAUAGAAAUCCACACUGCCGUUGCCAGAAGGAUUCUGUCAUCACAUCUAAGAAAGAAGAAUAUGGCAUCCCUGCUAUCAGAAGUCUGCCACCACGGCCAAUAUUUAUACAAACUCGCAGCCGAGUCAAUGCUUUCAGCAGUUCAUCUUCUCAACAUCUCAUACGAUCUCCUUCCCAUGCAGUGUGUCCUGCUGCAAGUCAUCCUGCUUUAGGUACAUCACCCAAGAGCAUGGAGACCAGUAAAUCUAUAAGCUUCAAGGAAAAACUACUUGCAAAAUACCUACAUGGAGGAUCUGCUUCUUUACCAUUAAUGUUGCCUGUACACGUAGGUUCUGUAGCUUUUCGUGACCUUCCAAAGUUUGUGCAGGACUGCAUCAGUCCUAAGUCCCUGGAUAACAGAAGGAAGGGAUCUGUCUCAUCACGCUUGCCGACUGAUAGAGGAGGUCAACGCAGUGAAGUACCAGAAGUGAAACCAAUGAGAGGAUCAUUCAUAAUUAACCCCUGCUCAGUGGGCCACAUCCCUGUAUCCACAGAGACUCACGGACACUCAAGGUAGAAGACAAGCUACCAGUUCUUUUGGCUUCCUUCAUGGUGCCUAACUCCACCCUUAGCACCUCUUAUCUCACCAAAUUGUCAGAGGUUGGUUAGCAGGUCUAGGAUUACAAGUCAGACAGCAGAAAUUUAUAGCUCUUUUGCGUUCAUUAUAUGUCUUAUUUGUCCAUGAUCACCACAGUUCUGCUUACUUGUUGGUGACAGUUCUGGAGACAAUGAGCAAGGCUGUAUGGAACAAAAGAAGUGGGUUUCUCAGUCUCCAGGUCUUGAUUGCUGGCCUCUUUUUGCUGGUGAUGCUUCUGACAAUUAUUUGUAGGCUGGAUGCUGCCUUCUUCCACUGCACCUCUCAGUCUUCAAAUGUUACUUUCUUUAUUUGCUUUAUUUCCAUCCUGUUUGCCAUUGCAGCUUCAAAAAGUGUAUCUUUAUGAAACCUCCUGCAGUUGCAAGCAUAUUUUGAUGAGUAUUUGCUCAAUAUGAUCUACAUAUAAUCAGAUUGUUGAGCAGAAUAGAUCAUUGUCAGUUCUGGGAAGAACGUUUGAAAUGUCAACAAUAAAAAUAAUACUGAUGCAGAAGUAUCUAUUAUACUUCAUUCUUUCUAGCAUUUAUGUAGUAUGCUCAAUGGAUGUUUGAAGCUUUAGAUAGCAAGAUGUAUUAUGAUAUUUUGAAUAUUUAUACUCUGCUUUUACAUUUUAUUAUAGUCAUUCGGUCAAUUAAAGCCAUCAUACAAAGAAUAAAGAUGAUGUAUACUUUACUUACAAUGCCUUUGCAUGUGUCUUUUCUGCACUUGAGGGUGGUGAUCCUCAUUGUCAUGGUGCAUAGUGUUUCAAUGGUGGUUUCAGGUGGGUCAAUGUACUUAUUUUGAAAGUACUAUAGGUUAUGUGUAUGAAGAUGCUAACAAUGUUCCCAUGCUCAAUAAUGUAUAGUCAUUGUAGAUGUGGUUUUGUCUGUUUGUAAAAGGGGUGUUCAAAGUUAUGUUUAUGAAGAUGUUUAAAAUAUUAGAGAGUUUGCACACUGUCCUGCUAAAAAAUCAAGCUGACUGCAAAGGCAGUGAGAUUUUGACAGAUGUGUCAGCAUGUAUAUAAAAUUGAUUGUACUUUGAGUGAAAUGCACUUUGCAUGAAAAGUUCAUCAAGUGCAUUUUGUUACAGACUUCAACAAAAAAGAAAACAUAGGCACUGUAUAUUAUGAGUCAGGAAUAUUUGCAAUUCAGCGUCAUUAAGGCAGACAAAUUUGUCAGGUCUGGAGAAGCCAAACCAGGUAAUCCCUUACAGUGAAACCAAAGCUUUGCUCAAGCACCACUUCAGAUGCCAGUGGAUAAAUAAGCACGACCUGCUAUCAGACAGCCAGAUGCUAAAUCUGAAGCGCCACUAACAUCAUUGCUGCCUGCACACUGGACAUUGCCAGCUUUGUGCAGAUGUGUACCACCUGGGCUGUCAUACACUGAAAACUGCUUAUAUGAGGUGGGCUUACAGACCCCUCAGCAUGUCCUGCAGCACAGUGCACUACACAGAUGGACAGAGUUGUUACCACAGGAGCCAUAGUGGAAACAAAAACUGGAGCACCAAAGGAAACAGAAUAAACAGCCCAGCGACAAUUGUCAUCUUCCUCAGCAAGAAAGAUGAGCAUAGUUUGCUGUAUUCUGGAAAGAUGACCAUAGCUGUAUUCUAAAAGGAAAGAGGAGAGAUAUAGAACUUUCAAAACAUGUAAUAACUACGUUGAGGAAGAAGUUCUCUGAAAGACCCAAAGAAACCUUGUAUGACCAGUUCCAUUGAAUUUUUUAUUUCCACCAAGAGAAGGUUCGACAUUCAGUUAAGAAUAGCGUUUAUAUGUGUAAUUGCAUUGCUGUAGACUGCUUGCAUAUGUUGCUGAUGUUUAUCUCUGAUGACAUUGUCUCGGCUAGAUUUUUGAGGCACCAUAUGGCUGUGAUUACUGUGAACUCUGCCUCUGUUUAUAUUGCUUGUGUGAUCAUGCUGUCUUCUUUCACCAACAUAUUUGUCAAAUGCAUACAACACAGCUCUUUUUCUUUUAGCAGCUGCCAAUUUUGUCAGCUAAUUUGCUUUCCAACACUAUUGUGAUUACUGUCAACUGCUUUUGGUUAAUAUGAGCCCAGCUGUCUUUAAUACACUUUGUUUGCAGCAUAACUGUAUGCAGUACUAUAUUCCACCAUCUAAGAAUGUGAGUAUUGCUUACUUUGUCAGCAAUACACUUUUAGACCAGUGCCAACUGCCUUCAGUGCACAAAUUGGGGAAAACUGCUAGCUUUUAUCUCCAGUAUGCCAGUAACAAAUGCUAACCAAAUCACAGUUUUGUUACCUCUGCUUAUUUUGUCUUGUUCCAUUGGCUGUGACCACUUUUGUGUCCCCAGUGAAAUGUAUCACCUUUUUCUCACAGGCCAUGUCAUGUAUGCUCACAAUACGGUCUUCCUUUUCUGCUUCUGUUACUUGCUGUUGUGUGUGUAAGAGAGAGAAAGAGAAAGAUGUGCAUGUAUGAUGAUGCUAGAAACGAUACAGCUGUUGAGAUUUGGCAACUUGUUCUCACUCAUUGUGUUGUGCCCAGUAGCAGCAUGGCAUUGUUUUUUUCUAUAACUUUCAUUUAUGCUGCUGUCAUUGGUGAACUGAUUAUUUGAACUGGUGGUGACACUGGAAAGUGCAGAAUUAAACAGAAUAGCAGAUGAGGUUUUUCUCAUGUUUGUCGUAGAGUUGAUCAUUGACAUUUUAGAGGUGUUUACAUGUUGAAGUGUUGAAGUUUUUUUUUUUCCUUUCAAGGUGAGUCCAUAUGGAUUUAACCAAUUUUCUUAUUAGUAAUGCAAUAUUAAUUUCACAUAAGUGAUUCUUCAUUUUUUGUAUUUGUUUGAAAGUAUUUCAAAGAAUCUGUACAAGAGAAUGACCUCACAAAUGUACUGUACUUUUUGUAUCCAUAAUACAUAAUCUGUAGUUAUUUGGUUUUUUUUUCUGUGUACUUACAGAUGCAACUUAUUUUGCUAAAAGAAUAUAAUAUUGUUUUUAAGAAUUGCUGUGAUAUGUAUUUUAUGAUCAGGUAUUGGAGGAAAAGUUCAUUACGGUACCUUCAUCUCAGUAUAAGAUUAAUAUUGCAAUUAUUAUUAUGUGCAACAUUUGUUCCACUGUGGCAAUGUGGAUCAACAACAAGCAAGAAGCUCCACUCCAACUACUGGGGUAAUCCCGGUAAUGUAUUACAGAGACUGCAUGUAUCACUUCACCUACCUUGGCAGCAGAAUCAGCAAAGAUAGGGGUAGAGAUGAAGAUGUAAGAAACUGCAGACUUGCAUUCCACACUCUGAGACCCAUCUGGAACUCCAAGGAUUUAUCUCUGCACAACAUGAUUCACAUCUUCAAUACCAACAUAAAGCCAGUCCUUCUGUACAGAUCCGUGACAUGGCAUGUGACAAACACCAUCACCAGCAGGAUUCAGAUUAUUCAUCAAAAGAGGUCUGCCACAUCCUUAGCAUCAGAUGGCCUGAGAAGAUCUCCAAUGCAGACUUGUGGGAGAGAACUAGCCAAACACCUGCCAGCCAAGACAUCAAGAAGCGUAACUGGGGAUGGAUUGGUUACACCCUGUGAAAGCCAUCGGACAAUUUAACAAAUUCUGGGUUGAGAGACGCAGAUAAACAAGUAGGAGAUGUCCAACUGAAGGACACCCAGAACUGGAUUUGCUGAAUAGUCUGGUUGUGGCCAUGCUCCACUGGGGGCAAACAGCAGGGCUAAGAAGAAGCACAAUACUAAAGCACUUGUCCACAAGACAGUGAGGAAAUAGGGAUUAUAUGUUAUAAAUUAAUCUUGCACAAAUAAUUUCUCACUGAAUGUGACAUCUCUUUCAGGUCAGGACUUUUUUUGCUACAGAAAUUUUGUAUGCAGACUCAGCCUUAAAUACCAGCAACCAAAACAUUUAUUUAUUAAUCUGCACCAUGAAACCAAAUGCUGAUCAGUACUGCUCUUUAUCUUCUAUUACAAAGUUGCACCCAGUGCCAUGACUCAUUUGCAUACUACUCUAAAUGUCUUCCAGCAUAGUGAAGUCCCCUACUCUGUCCCAGGAAACCAUGUCUUCCACUCCAGUACCAUAGAAAAGACUGCUUCCUUUUAACACAGUAUCUUUCCUAUUCCAUUACUGAAAACUGCUCAUCCCUAAAUUGUAUCAACACAUUGCCCAGCAUUUUACAAGUUUUCAUUGCUUACUCCCAAACCACACUUAUCUAUUAUACUAUAUUCCACACCAGUAUAAAUCACUUAUUUAUGUACAUCGCUGUAUAGUUCCAUGCACAUUUUGAAUCAUCCAAUUAUACCACCAAUCCCCACAGCUUUGUUCUGUGCCACUUAAAGUUUCCCAGUUUAUAAAGGCAUUUUCUCUGAGGUAUCAUUUGCUUGUUGCAAAUAGUUUUUAUCACAGCACAUAGUAAAUAUAGCAACCUGAAAAUCUUAUUGUUAUAAGUACUGGGCAUAGAGCGAGUAAUUAUAAGCUUUUAAAUGUCUUAGACUAUUUCUUCUCACAGUUGGCAUCUACAUUUAAGUUAUAUAUAUUUUUAAAUUGUUUUUUAGCACUGCAUGUAUUGUAAGAAUUUAACAUGUGGUUUCCGACUGUGGUUAUUUAAAAAUAGUUAAAGAAAAUGACCUUAUAAAUGGUAUUUCAGUUGUAUGAGUGAGUUGCAUUUAUUUUAAUUCUGUUUUAACAACAAACUGAAUGACCAAGAAAUACUUGACUUCAUGUGGUUUUAUUACUUUUAUAUAAUUAUUAUAUUAAUUUAUAAUUUAUAUAAUGCACGUUUAUGUUCAAAUUGGAGUAUUAUUUCAACUAUUGCUUUAAUUUCUAUGUGCUUUUUUAAAACAAGAACAGAUUCUUAAAAAUAAGAUGGUACCAUAUGGCUGUUGGAGUUGUGCAUAUCCGUCAAAUGUAGGUCUUCAGUUCUAUUUGUUGCAUAUCAAGUCUGCUACCAGAACAGUCAAAGUGAUGCGAAAGCUCAAUUGAUAAUGCUUGACUGUAGUUCUCUGCAUGCAUUAAAAUGUACUAAAAUGUCGAUUGAAUUAUUUGAUGGUGUUAUUUUUAUUUUCACUUAGCCUCAUUGAGAUUAGCUGUUAAUCCUACAUCUGAUCAUGGUUUGCUGACAUAAAUGCACUCAUGAGUAUAGUAAAUAUUCAUAUUUUCUGGUUGAGCCAUAUUCAGUUGCAAUGAACAAAAAUGUCACUUUAUUUAAUUUGUGUCAUUUUAACAUGGUUCAGUAAAAUGUAUGCAAAUGAUGAAUUUAGUUGCUUUGGAAAAGUAUAUGAGUGAUAAAGACAUGCACAAAUUGCUUCAGCUAUAUUAGUACAUGUCUGCUUGUUUUCAGAAAACACCAAUUAAGGAAUGUUUUAGAUAACAUUUCAGGUUUUAGUAUUUCACAUUUACAUGGAAAUUGUUAUAUUUUGUUAAAAAUAUUGUAUCAUAUGUAGUCAUUAAUUUACACCAUUGGCUGUUUUUUUUAUCUAGACAAGUGUCUAAAUUUCACUUUUGAUAGUAGAAUCCGGGGCCAUAGUUAUGAACCAGAUGUACCUAUGUACUCGAGGUUUGCCUUACCUCAGCUCAAUACUAGCAGGCCUGUUAAGAAAUCUGUAGCCAUACUUGUGGACCAUCCAAAAGACAGGGACCUCAGGAUUAUCGGCCACCCUAAGCUGCUGUUGUUUCCAAUAAAUUCAGACAUUUCUGCUUUAUAGCUAAGCCCAAAGUAACCUUGUACCUGUUUCAUAACUAGGGCCUCUGGAGUAUUUUAGGGGCAAGAUGGAGAGAGUGAACAUUGAAUACUAAUUUUAUUCAGUCCUCUGCCCCUAAAUACAAUAUUAUAUCAUGGCGCUUUUUUUAAUAUUUUAGAUUUUCCAAGAAUAAAUAAUGGUUUAAAGCAUAUGUGUUCUGAAAUUUAGUUUGUAAUGUGAAGAACUGUUAUGACUUCUCUUUUAGCUUUCAGCAAAGGAUAUAAAAGCACUUAUUUUGCUCAUGAUGUCCUGUUGGAAUAUAUAUGAUGCAUGAUUUGGUUUUUGGCGAUGGCAUUUCAGAGAGACGCAUCCUUCUUGAAAUGUUCAGAAAAGUUCAAUUCUUUAAUUCUUGUAAUGAUGAUCUUCAUUCUUUUUAAAUAACUGUUUUACUUUUUUCCCCAUUAUGAGGUAAGCACAUCUAAACAUACGCAUAGCAAAGAAGGUAUGCUCAUGCACACAAACCGUUCAUCUGCCAUUUUGUGCUGUUCAUUGCUGCUCUCUACAUUAGACAUCAUUAGAUCCACCAACAGCAUAGUACAAACACCAUCAGAUUCAUAAGUAGCAUAGUAGCUUAGUAUAGACACCCUCAGAUGUAUCAAAAGUACACUCCAAUCAUGUUCUCCUUGGUUCCUUCAGAUCAUCAUAUCUGAUUCAUACAGCAUAAGCCACGUGAAUAUUCUCUGUAAAUAAAAGUUUACUAUCAAAGUAUCAUUAUCAGAAGAACUACAUGUUGUUACUUUUACAUCCAACAUCCCAUAAAUUUGAUUGCAGAGACAAAUUAGAAAAUGAUAAGAUGGCAUUUAUUUCUGAAGAAUAUGCAUCAUUCUCUGUGCUAGAAAAAAGUAUGACAUUCUAAACCAGGCAAAUCACAAGCUACAUCAAGUCUUCUUAGUUUAACUCCUUUUUUAGUCUUUUCUUGUAAGGAUGUUUACUGUGUACAGUAGUUAUGUUCUUGGGGGUGUUUAUUGUGCAUAUUAUAGUUAUCUCCAUUCUUUGAAGCAUAUAAAAUAAAAGAAGUACAAAUCAA